AUGGGCACGCCGUUACAUUACUGUCGAAGUUGUAAUUUGCCCUUAGAACUUGAUGAUUCACUUAAAAGUUUGACUCCAGCUAAAGAGAACCUCCUAACUCUAAAUUAUGCCGAACAACCGUCACCUAUACGCAUAGAAAAGGGAGAGGAAAGUUCCAAGUCUCCAAUCCACGAUAUACCAAAAAUACCACAAGAACGAGUGGAUCUUUUCAAAGAGGCGGUACAGUCAAACUCAGGGCGACGACAAGCGGAAGAAACAAAAUAUGACAUUAGCAAGUACAAUCCUAGCACUUCCACAGAGUCGGUGGAGAUCAAUAGUUCGAGUAAUAAGCAUUCGUUUGUGUAUCUUGAUGAUAAGCAAUACAAUCAUUCAGACUUUGAUCAUUAUUCUGAUGAAAUGCUGCAAAAUGGGAAUAACUCGCCAAACGUUGUACGACCUUUCAGAAGUGAAGAGAUUAAAGAUUUAGUCAAUAAAAAAUCAAAUAUCAGUGAACGUGUUGAAAGCUUAGAAAAAAUAUUCAACAUCAUCUCGAUGAAAUACGAAAUUGAUUAUCCGGUAUGCAGUGACUGUGCGAACACUCUAGUCCAACAAAUGAAGCACCAUUAUGAUACCUUAAAUAAGGAAAAAGAUGUCUACAUGAAAUUUCUCAAGAAAUUAACCUCUCAAAAUGGCCCCAAUGUGGAGAAGACGAAUCAAUCGCUAAACGAUUUGAAGAAGUUGGGGGAAGAGGAAGAAGCAAUUCUAAAUAAAAUCUCAGAAGAAGAUGAGAAACAUUUGGCACUAAACAAAGAAAUUGAAGAGCUUGAACUAGAGCUGCAAGAAUUAAAUACAAAAGAGCAAAUAUUUGUAUUGGAAAAGAAUAAAUUUGAACUAGAAAUGCAAGAGAAAUUGGAUGAACUAGACCGAGUACAAAAUCAGUAUACUCAUAAUAUGAAUAUAAUGGACUUAAUCAGAAGUACUGAUGUAUUUGGUACAAUUUUUGAGAUUUCACAUUCAGGUAAAUUUGGCACUAUCAAUGGUCUUCGUUUGGGAUGUUUAGAUGAUAUCAAGGUUACUUGGCAUGAAAUAAAUGCUGCACUAGGUCAGCUUGCUUUACUGAUAGCUACAUGUAUCCAUAUAUUGAAUACUGAGCUUGACGGUUAUAGAUUAAUUCCUAUGGGAUCGACUUCAAGGAUUGAAAAAUUCACAAAGGAUCUAAAGUCUGGCAAAGUUGUAAAGUCAACGAUAAAAUUGUACUCUACGGGUGACUUCUCCAUUGGUGGCUUUUUUGCUCAUAAUAAUCUUGAUGUUGGUAUGGUGUGUUUGGUAGCUGUAAUGCAGCAAGUGGCAGAUCACAUUGCGAAAAUUGAUAAAACAUGCAAAAUUCCAUACAUGAUGGCCGAAGAUAAAGUGGGAGGCUACUGCGUCAGACCAUCCAGCCGAAGUGGAUGGGAAUCGUGGACUAACAGUUGUAGGUGUUUGCUGACAAAUGCUAGAUGGAUACUGCUUUUCUGUAUAACGUAUUACAACGAGAAACUAGGUUGCGCAUGA